AUGACGGAGCAAUUGGCCUAUGCCUUCAUUGACGAAAACACCCUCGGCCGUCUCGAGCAUGUGGUACGGCUGUACAAUGCCGGGAAGCCGCUGUUUCCCCGUGCGCUGCUGGAAGACCUCGACCGGCAAAUCGAAGAGGGAAGGGACGAAAUCCGGAUCCAGGAUCUCGACGGCGUGUCGAGCACGUAUAGCCUGACUGUUCCUGCUCUAUGCUUGGAUUUGGCAACGACCUACUGUAUUGGAUAUAGCAGCAUCCAGCUUCUCACCUAUAUCCAUCCUUCCGGUGCCACGAUGAUGUUCUCAGACAAGACUCCCGUGUCCAUUCUUUACACCAGGCACCCAGAACACCCUGAAGGCAGCAUCGAGGUGCUGCGUCCGGCAUUUCUCAAGAUGCGCGGACAUUGGCAGCAAAGUGAGACAUGUCGGGGACUGGAGUCCCAUCUUUCGACCUUGCAGUUCUCAGCCCCCAUCCACAAGAUCGUUGCGUUUGGGCUCGGGACACUGGCGAAGACGCAGAACGGACACUACUCGACGCGGUCACACGUCCAGCAUGCUGCCGUGGAGACGAUGGCGACCGUCCUGGCCAACCGUGGGAUCAGUGGAGGUAGGAGGGUCAACUGCUACGUCCAGGACCCAUGGUAUGACGAGAACGAUGUCCUUUUCCUGCAAAGCAUUGGACUCACCCCCCUCAACGACCCGAAAGGGUUCCUCGAGAUCGACGAGCACACACUGGUGUUCUCGGUCAACCCGAACGUGCCGGUCAAGCAGAUCGUCGCCGACAUCCAAUGGCCUGGCGCUAUGGUCUGGGACACUGUGUGUGGGGAAGAGGAGAAGAAGCAGUGGAAGCGACGGUUGAGGAAUGGCGAGGAGUUCUGGAUGGGUCCCCUCGCCACCGAUCCCGACUCGGACCGUGUCUGUGAAAUGAUCUCGCACUACCAGACCGUCUCAUUGCGCGAUCCGGAAGACUUCUUCGGGGACCUCUCUAUCUACGUCCGGAAUUGA